AUGGCAGAUGGAUCUGAGGAAGAGCAACUUAAGGCUGCAUUGUGGUUUGCGGUGGGGAAGAUGGUCGAUGAAGAGACCCUUCGAAGAAACAGAAAUGUCACACCUCAAUUCAUUGGGGCUUUGACUGAGAUGGUCUGGGCUCAAAUAGAAAAUGUCGCCUUGGAUCUGGAAAACUUCAGUCGCCAUGCGGGACGCACCACUAUCAACACCGAUGAUGUCCUACUGCUUGCUAGGCGAAACCAAGACCUCCACGCUAUUAUCAAGGAUUUCGUAGACAAACGCAAAGCUACAAAGGCAAAGGGCAAGUCGAAGAGAUGA